ACCGGAAGUCAUUUUACUCUUUGGGGUGGGGUCCAGCCCUGCCGGCCCGCGGGGUUUGGUGCUGGGUGGUAUCAGCUGCGCCUGGAUUUACGAUCACGCCUGCGGCUGGGCUGGCAGGUCUGGUGCUAUAGCACCUCGGAGAACGCAGUGAAGCCCCCGCUACCCGGCCACCCGUGGGAUCGGAAUCUAGCAUCGUGGGGCCGGGUGGCGGCCCCGGAGGCGACGGCCCCGGAGGCGGUGGCCGUGCUACGGUCCUGUCCUCCACCCUCCCGGGGUACCCGGAGCCAGAGAGAAGAAACAGGAAAUGGCAGACGAGGCGCUCUUUUUGCUUCUCCACAAUGAGAUGGUGACCGGCGUCUACAAGUCCGCAGAUCAGGGGGAGGUGGAAAAUGGAAGAUGCAUUACUAAGUUGGAGAACAUGGGUUUUAGAGUAGGGCAAGGAUUGAUAGAAAGGUUUACAAAGGAUACUGCAAGGUUCAAGGAUGAGUUAGAUAUCAUGAAGUUCAUUUGCAAAGAUUUUUGGACCACCAUUUUCAAGAAACAAAUUGAUAAUCUAAGGACAAAUCAUCAGGGCAUCUAUGUGCUUCAAGACAAUAAAUUUCGACUCCUGACUCAGAUGUCUGCAGGAAAACAGUAUUUAGAUCAUGCACCUAAGAUUGCUCUCCAGAAUGGUUGGAUUCGUUCACAACUCCACCAACAAUGCAUCAGUGUCCCAGUUUUCCCGCAUCCCCUCCAACAUUCAUCAUUAUUUUUUCCUGUCAUCUUAACCAAUCUGACAGGUGUGUAGUGGUAUCUCAGAGUUGUCUUAAUUUGCAUUUCUCUGAUCAAUAAUGAUUUGGAACACUCUUUCAUAUGAGUGGUAAUAGUUUCAAUUUCAUCAUCUGAAAAUUGUCUGUUCAUAUCCUUUGACCAUUUAUCAAUUGAAGAAUCACUUGAUUUCUUAUAAAUUUGAGUCAAUUCUUUAUAUAUUUUGGAAAUGAGGCCUUUAUCAGAACCUUUAACUGUGAAAAUGUUUUCCCAGUUUGUUGCUUCCCUUCUAAUCUUGUUUGCAUUAGUUUUGUUUGUACAAAGGCUUUUUAAUUUGAUAUAAUCAAAAUUUUCUAUUUUGUGAUCAGUAAUGGUCUCUAGUUCAUCUUUGGUCACAAAUUUCUUUCUCCUCCACAAGUCUGAGAGAUAAACUGUCCUAUGUUCCUCUAAUUUAUUUAUAAUCUCAUUCUUUAUGCCUAGAUCAUGGACCCAUUUUGAUCUUAUCUUGGUAUAUGGUGUUAAGUGUGGGUCCAUGCCUAAGUUCUGCCAUACUAAUUUCCAGUUAUCCCAGCAGUUUUUAUCAAAUAAUGAAUUCUUAUCCCAGAAGUUAGGGUCUUUGGGUUUGUCAAACACUAGAUUGCUAUAGUUGACUAUUCUGUCUUGUGAACCUAACCUUUUCCACUGAUCAACUAAUCUAUUUCUUAGCCAAUACCAGAUGGUUUUGAUGACUGCUGCUUUAUAAUAUAAUUUUAGAUCAGGUACAGCUAGGCCACCUUCAUUUGAUUUUUUUUUCAUUAAUUCCCUUGAGAUUCUCGACUUUUUAUUGUUCCAUAUGAAUUUUGUUGUUAUUUUUUCUAGAUCAUUAAAAUAUUUUCUUGGAAGUCUGAUUGGUAUAGCACUAAAUAAAUAGAUUAGUUUAGGGAAUAUUGUCAUCUUUAUUAUAUUUGCUUGGCCUAUCCAAGACCAUUUAAUAUUUUUCCAAUUAUUUAAGUCUGACUUUAUUUGUGUGGAGACUUUUUUGUAAUUUUGCUCAUAUAAGCUUUUUAUUUUCAAAACACAUGCAAAGAUAGUUUUCAACAUUCACUCUUGCAAAACCCCAUGUUCCAUGCUUCUCCCUCUCUCUUCCCCUAGACUGCAAACAAUCCAACAUAUAUUAAACAUGUGCAAUUCUUCUGUAUCUAUUUCCACAUUUAUCAUGCUGCACAAGAAAAAUCAGAUCAAAAAGGAAAAAAAAUGAGAAAGAAAAUGAAAAAAGCAAGCAAAUAACAAAAAAGGUGUACAUACUAUAUUGUGAUCCACAUUCAGUCCUCACAAUCUUGUGCUUUGGAGAUGAUUCUCUCCAACUUAAGUCCAUUAGAAUUGGCCUGAAUCAUCUCAUGUUGAAAAAACCCAAGUCCAUCAGAGCUGAUUAUCACAUAAUCUUGUUGCCACUGUGUAUAAUGUUCUCCUGGUUCUACUUACUUCACUUAGCAUCAGUUCUAUGUGUGUUUUUUAAAAGGAAGAAAUUCUAAGUACAACUUAUGUAAAUCACACUGCAAAAAAAAAUUGUAACUUGUACUGCUAUUACAAGAUUCUGUAGUUUACAAUAGAUAUAUAAUAUCAGACACAGUGCUAAGUGCUGGGAAUACAAAUCCAAGCAAAAGGAAUGAGCCCUUGCACUCAAGGAGCCUAAAUUCUAAUGAGAGAAAAUAAGUAAAAUUUUGAGAACUGAAAAAGGGGGCAGAAAAGAUAUUUUGGUGGCAUGACAGAAAAUUAAGUGUGGAGAGUAUGCUGUUUCAAAAAUAGUAAAUUCAGCAUUCUCUCCGAAAAUUGAUUUUUAGUGGUCAGAGGGGACCUAAUAUUCUAUUUUCCAUAGAUUCCAUUUGUCAACAUUAGUAUUUUUUAUUUUCAUUUUGUUUUAUAGGACUGCUUCCUCUACCAAAGUUGAGGAUUGACAACAUUAUUUCCAGUAUUAUUGUGUUCAUAUUUUUUAUUUAUCAUGUAUUUCAGUGAGACCCAUGGAUCCAUAGGUUCUCUCUGAAUAUUGUAUUAAAGUCAAUGGCUUUUA